AUGAAUUUUUUUUUUCCAAAAGGAUGCAUGUCAAAGUGGUAUAAGAAAAACAAUUUUACAGGACAAGGAAAUUAUGAACGGGUACUACCAGUAUUGCUAAGCAGUAGUUUCGUGUGUUACUAUAUAUUCAAAGAUGAAGAAAGGAGACAAGAGAUUAGAUCUCAUUGUAGGGACGUAAGAAGGGAUGCAAUAAAUAUUCUAUCAAAAUAUAGUAAAAUUAAGAAUGCCAUUUUAUUAGACAAUAAUGAUAGUGUAUUAUGUGAUAAUAACAAAAAAGGAUUUCGGCACCCUUUGUGGAGAUCAGAAGAAAAAAGACCAAUUGAAAAAAUGGAAAAUGCAAUUUUAUUUAGUGGUUCAUCGAAUCCGUUGUUAAGCAAAAAUAUAGCUGACCAUUUAGGUACCAGUUUAGGAAGAGUAAAUUUAAAGCGAUUUGCAGAUGGUGAAGUAUCAAUGCAAUUUCUGGAAAGUAUAAGAGGGAAGGAUGUUUAUAUUAUACAACCAACAUGCCCUCCAGUGAAUGAAAAUUUAAUUGAAUUAUUAUUAAUGAUUUCUACUUGUCGAAGAGCCUCUGCUAAGAAAAUCACUGCUGUUAUUCCAUAUUAUGGUUAUGCAAGACAAGAUAGAAAACUAAGUUCUAGGGUUCCUAUAUCAGCAGCAGAUGUAGCACGAAUGAUAGAAGCAAUGGGAGUAGAUAGAGUUGUUGCUAUCGAUUUACAUUCAGGACAGAUUCAAGGUUUUUUUGGACCUAGAGUACCAGUAGAUAAUUUAGAAGCACAAUUAAUAGGAUUAGAUUAUUUCACAAAAAAGGAUCUCUAUAAACCUGUCAUUGUAUCUCCAGAUGCAGGGGGAGUCUAUCGUGCCAGGAAAUUUCAAGAUGGUCUAAAUCAUAGAGGCAUAAGUGACUGUGGUAUUGCUAUGUUAAUAAAACAAAGAACAAAACCUAACGAAAUUGAAAAAAUGGAUUUAGUUGGAAAUGUAUACGAUUCAGAUGUUAUCAUAGUUGAUGAUAUGAUAGACACAUCAGGUACACUAUGUGAAGCUGCAAAACAAUUGAAAAAACAUGGUGCCAGAAGAGUGUUUGCCUUUGCUACUCAUGGACUCUUCUCAGGCCCAGCAAUUGAUCGAAUAGAAAAUUCACCCCUUCAAGAAGUUGUAGUUACAGAUACGGUUAAAUCGAACAAAAAUAUUGAGAAUUGUAAAAAAAUUACCAAAUUGAGUGUUUCUGUGCUGGUUGCAGACGCUAUUAGACGUAUCCAUCAGAAGGAAUCCCUCAACGAUCUGUUUAACAUUAAAGGAUAG